CCCUCGUUUGAUAGAUCGUGGCAGCUUUAUGAUGUUUCUUGUGAGGCAGAUUAGUGCAGGCAUGUGACUGGAGGAGGGACAGAGUAACUAUUGUAAUACUGCAGUAUCACCAAAGCAGCUGACCAUUUAGUUUCAUUAGGAGACCUACAGUUAGGUUGAAUUGAAUAAGAGGCUACUACUGAAGUCUACAGAGUGUUUCUCACCCUCACCGCAAGACUUCUGUCCUGAAGAUGGAUGAGGCCGCCCUUUCGGUGGUCAAUGAGAUCGAGAAUGAAAUGAUGUUAUAUGUGCUUUCUGAUCACUGCUAUCAGUGUUUGCCCCAGCCGUUGGGAAUAUUACCUGCAAGGCCAGUUUCUGGGACCCCCACUACAGUAGGGUUUGUUGUAAGCACACAACACGCUUUGACACUGCAGGUCAACAGCACCUCUGCAAACCUGGAGCAAUGCAAUGUUCACUUCCACUUUGGGGAGCAGGGGAACUAUUCUCUUUGGGUGAAGAACUUGAAUGAGGCGUCGCAGGUCAGCUGCACUAUGAUUACUGAUUCAGAGCCCAUCAACAGCUACUUGCCCAUUUUGUUCGCUUUUCUGGUAUUUGCUUUUCUGGCUGUAUUAUCUGCUAUCUGGAACACAGUUAAAAGGCUGGAUGUGGUGACAAAUCUACUUAUUCGUUUGGGAAGCACAGUGGAGACCGAGAGGCUGAUAAACUCGGAGCUUGGCACUCCAAACAGAUUGGUAAAUGCCUCUACGGAAUCGAUAAUUCCUGCCACUACAGGAAGGAGGCUUCGUUCUUUGGAUACUUUCCGUGGCCUUGCUCUGGUCAUUAUGGUGUUUGUCAACUACGGAGGUGGACGUUACUGGUUCUUCAGGCACGAAAGUUGGAAUGGGCUCACAGUGGCUGAUCUCGUGUUUCCUUGGUUUGUGUUCAUUAUGGGUACUUCUAUUUGUUUGUCCCUGAGUGGUUCAAUUCGCAGAGGUGUCAAACGCACUCAUCUUCUGUGGAGGAUUGUCUGGAGGAGCUUACAACUCUUUCUUAUUGGAGUCAUCAUCAUCAAUCCUAACUACUGCCAAGGACCCUUAUCUUGGGACUCUUUGCGGAUUCCUGGCGUAUUACAGCGUCUGGGCUUCACAUAUCUUGUUGUCGCUGUCUUGGAUCUUGUGGUGGCCAAGGACAGACUAACCAAUCUGUCAAGUGAGACAUUUUGGUACUCGGUGCAUGAUGUCUGCCUCUACUGGCCCGCAUGGCUGUGCGUGAUUGUCUUAGAGACGAUAUGGUUAUGCUUGACAUUCCUCCUCCCAGUGCCAGACUGCCCAACGGGUUAUUUGGGUCCAGGGGGCAUUGGUGAUUUUGGCCUGUACCAAAACUGCACUGGUGGAGCUGCAGGUUACAUUGAUCGCUGGUUGCUCAGAGAUAACCAUAUUUACCAGACACCUUCAUCACGGGUUGUAUAUCAGUCUAUGAUGCCCUUUGACCCUGAGGGUGUUUUGGGAAGCAUCAACUCCAUAUUGAUGGCUUUUCUGGGUCUUCAGGCAGGGAAAAUUCUGCUGCAUUACAGGGACCAACACAGGCAAAUAAUCACACGGUUUCUCAUUUGGGGAUUCAUACUGGGGAUCAUCUCAGCUGUAUUGACCAAGUGCUCCAGAAAUGAAGGCUUCAUCCCUGUCAACAAAAACUUGUGGUCUUUUUCGUACGUGACGACUCUCAGCUGUUUUGCUUUUGUGACUCUGGGGGUUUUUUACUACACGGUGGAUGUAAAGAAGUGGUGGUCUGGAGCUCCUUUCUUCUACCCCGGUAUGAAUUCCAUCUUGGUGUAUGUGGGACAUGAAGUGUUCGAAGAAUACUUCCCUUUUCGCUGGAAGAUGGCCAAUAGCCAAUCACACGCAGAGCACCUGGCACAGAACCUCCUGGCCACCUCUAUAUGGGUGUUCAUAGCCUACCUGCUCUACAGGAAGAAGAUCUUCUGGAAGAUUUAAAGGCAGAUCUGUAUCCUGCAGAUUUUAGGACCUGCUCUUCAUUGUGAAAGAGAUUUUUUUUUUUUUUGGAUAUUUUUAGAUGUAGAAAAUCAGCAGAUCUCUGAACAUCUGUGGGGAGACAACUCGCAUGUGAUCCAGGAAUAGAACUUGGCUAUUAUUUGAGAAGAGCAGAAGGAAGAGAAAAGGAGAUCACAUGGCAGUGCGAAGAUACCUCUUUUUGGACUCAACCAAGCCUUCAAAACGAAU